CUCCAGCGCGCUGCAAUAGCAUAGUUCUUGCCUGGAUAGCCCCGGGCGUAAUUCAUGUGCGACAGAUUCCUCAGCUCACUUCCCAUCAUCUAAUGUCUGUGCGAGCUACCAAGUCAUGAGCCCUUGAGUUGUGGCAGUUCCCACUGAGAGCUGGGCUAUCGAGAUAAAGCCUUUCGUUCUCUACUUAUAUAUACGCUCCAUAUUGUAUGAUUUUCGGCUCUUGAAUCGCAUUCUCUAGAGGUUCAAAGUCUUACAAUCUUACCACUCACGACAAUGGCUUCGUUUGAAGAUGAUGAUGACCGAGAUCUUGCAGGCUCGCAAGAUGGAAGCUCGGAUAACGAGAUCGACGACACCCUCCGGGACGCUGACGAUGGCGGCAACGACAACGAGGCCGACGCGGACGCGGACGCGGACGCAGAUCAAGACGCCGAAAGUCAGUCUAAUGCUAGUCCCGUAUCCGACAGCGGUGGUGUGGCGCCUCAACCGAAUAAUAAUGUUGAAAUGACCACGUCUGGUCCGGCGAACAUUGUGCACGAUUCAGUAUCAGUGUUCCAUCCUCCCGUCCGGUCCGUGUGUUUGACUGCCUCUACCUACGAUAUAGUCCCUACGACGGCUGCGCCUCACAGUACAUCAAUCAAUGCCGUGACCGCAACUGCAGAUAUGAGAUGGGUAUUUAGCGGUGGGUCGGAUGGAUAUGUUCGGAAGUUCAAUUGGGUGGAUUCGAUCAACAGCAAGUUGAUGUUAACUGUGGCACAAAGGCACCCCUUCGUGGACAGUGUGAUCAAGGCGGGCGUCUUAAUGACGUAUUGGGAGAAUAUGGACGGAAAUAAUAUAUCGCCAGUAUAUUCUUUAGCUAGUCACAGUGAGGGGUUGUGGCUAUUAUCAGGCUUGGAGUCGGGUGCCAUUCGCCUACAAUCCGUCCGUCAUGAUGAAGGGAAGGAGAUUGCUCUACUACAACAGCAUACUUCGGCGGUGUCAGUCCUGAAUCUGACAUCAGACGAGAAGUCAUUAUUGUCUGGUAGCUGGGACAAGCGGGUCUUCGACUGGGAUCUGAACACUGGCCAGACCAGACGCUCAUUUGGAUCUAGUGCAAGGCAAAUAUCAGCCGUUGAUUUACGACCAGAAUCUAGUCUUGCAAUCCCUCAAGAUACAACUGAGACCCCACAACCUAAUGGGACUUAUUCGUCUAACUAUCAGGUGAGUGGUGGUAAUGGCUUUGACUUCAUGGAUACGUCAAACGACCAAGGCGGUGUUGGCGACUCAUCAAACCCGCAGGCUGGUUCACCGACAGAUUCCCUUUUCGGUGGAGCGGACUCUUUGUUCGGUGAUGCUGAUGGUGCUGGAGGCGAAGGUGCAGGUGCAUCAGGGGAUGCCUUCGGCAUAGAUGAGGAUGACGAGUUUGGCAAAGCCCUUGCCAGUGGCACUCUUCCCGAUGCUGAUGCGCCCGGUGAGCCUGAACAGCCGGCCCAGCAGAAUGGUGCCCCAGAAGCACCUGCCCCAGCUGAUACAAGCGCUCAAAUCAAAGAGGAUGACUCGGCAUAUCAGCAAUCAGAGAGUCAACAGCCAGAAGCCGAUAAUAGCUCAUCACAGCCCGUAGUAAACGGACUACCUCAUGCAGAGGAACUAGAAGCUGCAUCACAGAACCAAGAUCUCGGUCAACAAACACAGACUGACAAGAACCUCUCCGAUAACACAUUCCUUGCCGCAUCCAUCGAUGGCACUAUCCGAGUCUGGGACAGACGGCAACCGGACCCUGUCGCUCGCAUCACGCCUCGCAAUUCCCCGCCUUGGUGCAUGAAUGCAUGUUGGUCUCCAGACGGCAAUUAUAUCUAUGCUGGCCGCCGGAACGGAACUGUAGAAGAAUUCAGUCUUCAUAAGGGUCUGCGAGACCCAGAGCGGAUUUUCAAAUUUCCCCAGGGAAGUGGACCCGUUACAGCCCUCAGGGCGAUGCCUAACGGGCGACAUAUUGUUUGCGCCUCCCAUGAUAUCCUUCGUUUAUAUGACUUGAAACACGAACAAGUCGCCCGUCACUCGACCGUUCCCUUCCUUAUCAUCCCUGGGCAUCGAACAGGAACUGUCUCACAACUAUACAUCGAUCAGGCCUGUCGGUUCAUGAUCUCCACAAGUGGCAACAGAGGCUGGGAAGGCAGCACCACCGAAGUAUUACUAGGGUACGAGAUCGGCGUACCUCGCUAGUCAGCUUUGGAUUUGUAUACUAUCUGUAUCUCUAGCAUGUUGCUUAUUGUUGAGGUACUUGGCUAUUUGAUGUAGUUCUGAUGCAUGUAUCGGCGAUAUAUUGAGGGUAGCACGGUGUUAGGUCAGGUUAAGGCACGACUAGCGGGUGGUACUAUGGUAUUCUCCCAGGCUUUUAUUCUUGUAAAUACUGAAUAAAAU